AUGUCCUCUGUUAUCUUCAACCCUGCUAUGUUGACUGCAUCUCCCUCUCCCUCCCCCAAACCUGAGGAGCGCCCGCAAGUUGGUGGCGACGUGUCUACAAAUGACGCCACUCUCGACGACAUGGCUCUGAAGGAGCCUGAAGAAUCCGACGCAGAUCGGAUCGACCGUGCUUGGGCGGCGGUUCUCAACACUAUGCAUGUCUGCGUAGACACAUCUCCUCCCUCCAAGCCUGAACUCUUGGAGGAGCAGGAAUGCUGGCUCCGCGAUUGGAAUACCGCGAUGUCUGAUAUGACCUCUGUCUUCGACCGUGCACGUGCAGCAGAGAUGCACUUGUUGCUGAACGAUGUGGACGCGGUUACGUUAGCUGAGGGUAAGAUUGCCGCACGGACGCUAACGAGGGCCGUGAAGAUGUGGAAGGAGAAGGCGGAGGAGUCUGCCGUGACUGCGCACCCGGCACGUGUUGAGAAGGGGAAGGCAAAGGAGGUUGUCGCUACCGAGAAGACGGCCGAGAAGGCGACAGAGAAGUUGGGUGAAAAGGCGACGGAACCCGUGCUUACCGAUAUGGGAUGUCCGCAUUUGGGUGGGCGUAUGACCGCUACCUCUGUCAGCCGUCCUGCUGAGAGGUGCGAGCGUUGUGCCGUGUCCGGCACUAAGUGCGUCGUUGUGCAGCCAAGCGGAAGGUGCAAGGGCUGCGUUAAAGUGUGCAAGGGUUGUUCGUUUGUUGCCGCUAAGAACAAGAGACGCGCGCCGGCUGUGCCGAAGCGCAAGGCGCUGAAGGUUCAACGAUACAGCGAGGCACGAACAAUGCUCCUGACUGUAUCUAUAAAUGUUGUAAGGUCGCGCGUUGCCUAG